AUGCGAUCCCUGAAACCAAAGAGCUCUGAAGACAGGGCUGGGGCGUCGUCUCAGAUCUUCAGCGACGACGAGGCACAUGUCGAGAAACCCUCUCCGUCGACCCCGUCCACCACCGCCGUCAAGCCCAGGAAGAAUGUCAGCCGCGCUUGUGACCAGUGUCGUAAGAGGAGAAGAAAGGUUGGUCGCCCGUGCACGUACGACAUGGGCUCCAAGAAUGGCGGCGACGGGAGGCGCAACCGCAACACGGCCCGGCACGUCGAGAAACUACAUGAACAACAGGUCGUCCUGAACCAGCUCUUUGGCCUGAUCAGGAAUUCGGAUGCCGACGAGGCCAUUCGAGCCGUCAAAGAAGGUGCCACCUUCGAGGAGAUUGCUGAGCUCCUGCGGAAAACGUCGUCCAAGGAUCCUUGGACCCCUUUGGCGCUGUUCUCUUCAAGCAAGGCCUCCACGGGAGAGUCCUCGUCGCCAACCCAGAUGAAACCAGACCAGUCUGACAGACCUGAGGCAGAUCUUUGGAGGUCCACCAGAUCUGCGAAGGAGUCCCCCGAGGCCGCACAGCAUGCUGGAGAAACACCCGGACGAACCACAUUGGAUAAGGCACCCGAGUCGAGCAAGAGAGCCAGGAGCCCUUCUGUGGUGGUCGAGCCUGGUGAUGACACGUCUGGAGACCGAGUCUGGACUGGCUUGGCGAGACGUCUGUCCGCCGCGGACUUAAGCAAGAUCAACAUGCCGAUCUUUAGCUGCGACCCAUACCACGUAGAGUCGGAUGACAUAUUGUCCAAGACAAUCCUGAGUUUCCGCGAUGGAGCCCGGAAAGCGUUGCAGGGGCAAGCCAAGGUCCUCGAUGUCAUCGGGCCGAAAACACCAGACCUCGAUUUGUUCCUGCGGGAGCGACGGGAAGGAGACCCCCACACUGCCUGGACCUGGGCUUGCGAGCUGGCGAAGGCGUAUCCUUUGCCGUUGACGGUGCAAUUGGUCGGAGUGUUCGUGGCGGGUAUUCAAAUGCGGUACUUCAUUCAUCCGUGCAAGGAGACAUAUGACGACUUGCCUGUGAUGCUCAGACCCACGAGGCAGCAAUAUGCCCAACCACAUGCGGCCGGGGCGGACAUUUGUGCCAUACCCCCUAUUAAGACGUAUCUCCUCUCCCACUGGGACUCGUACGCGUCGCUCUUACAGGCCGGCCAGUACCACAAUUGGCCGUACAGUAACCAAGCGUGUCUGGGGUGGGAUCGGACCAGAAAGAAAUACACACUCUCGACGGCCUUCCUGGAACAUAUCUCCAACCCCAAGAACCACAGCGUCGGCCCACAGAUCCUGGAGCUCGUGCCCGAAGCGGCGGCAUACGUGGUCCGAGACGAGGGCUCGACCCGCCCUGAGGAUAUACCGUAA